CUUGACCAGCACGUUUGGAUUCAUAGAGGGGGAAGAAAAAAAACUUGUAAAAUUAAAGACACAUUCUGAGCAGUUACCACCAAAAAGGUUUUAUCUACAUUAUCCACUGGCAAACUUGGAUAUCUGAACAUUACAUCAAUCAUUUUGGGAACUUUUUUUUCUUUUUUCCCUUUAUUAUUAUUAUUUUUUCCCCCACUCUUGGGAUUGAACCCCUCGUCCGCUCCGUGUGGUCGUCUCCUCCUCCCCGGAGAGGGAGCAGAGCUAACAUUGGCCCGGAGAUGCAGUCCCUUCUCCCGCUUGCUGUGUGUUGCAUCAGCCUGGUUUCCCUCCAGCCGCUGGCUCUGGCGGCAAAGGAGGAUCCCGGCAGUAACAGGCUGGACUUCCUCAACAAGCUCAUCAACCAGAGCGAUGGCUCAGCGUCAGUAAGCCAGACUCCAGACAUCCCCGUCCCGUCCUCAGCCCCCAGCCGAUCCCCAAAAUUGCCGCCCGGUUUCCUGAGACACCAACCAGCUUCAGGAGUGAGAGCAGCCUCGCCAAGCCUGGCGUGGGCACGACCCGAGGGGACUUCACAGAUCGAGCUGAGGGCGCCAAGAGCCCGUCGCUAUGCCCGCUCUGGAUCACGAGGUGUUCACCAUUACCCCCAACAUGCCCAGCUGAUGAGAGUGGGUUGUGUCCUUGGAACCUGCCAAGUGCAGAACCUCAGCCAUCGACUCUAUCAGCUCAUUGGCCAGAGCGGCAGAGAAGACUCGUCCCCCAUUAACCCCAGGAGCCCCCAUAGUUAUGGAUGAGGUAGUUGAUACCCCCAAACACCUGCAGCAAGUCUAUCUAUAUCUCCAUUUAUUUAUCUCUUAAUGUAUUACUGGUAGUCUUUGCAUUAUAGUUUGAUGUAGUCCAUAACUUUUGUUUAUCUAUCUCAAAAUGACAAUUAUACUUCCCAUAAAAGACUGUCGUGCCUCUCUACUUUUUGUGCUAAUUGAUGGAUUUGAAGAUUCUAAAUCAAGAUCAUGACCAACUGAAUCACAUUUUUGAAACCCCCAUUUUGAGUCCUCCCACCAUCCUGAGAACUUUUGCCUUUUAUAAGGAUGUUCAGAUCUUGUCAAAUUAUUUUUGGUUCUCCCUUCUGAACGCUCAAAAGAAGGCCUCACUUUCACGUCUUAAUCCUGUUAAUAUUAGAAGGAAGGCUUUUCCUCAACACCAUCCAGUGGCCUGGUCCUGUGUGCCAACUGACCUCUCCGGCGGUGGUUAUUGCGCAGCUCAUUGAUCACACUUAAGCCUCUAAUGUGGAUUUCAACCUGCACUCGGAGCCGGGGCCCUGUCAAAUCCAAUAUAUUCCCAGAGACCCCGCAAAUGACCCAACGAACCCUUUUACCUCUUUUUUUGUGCUCUCUCUCUUUUUGUCAACUUUGGAAUUCCCAGGUCAUUUCACAACUGCAUAAAGAGUUACAAUUUGAACACUGACAACCCUAGAAUAUUGUUGUUCCACGAGCGUUGAGUUGAAGUUGGCAUUCGUCACUCAGCAGGAGUUUUUUGUUUCAGGACCACAGUUUACAGUUGAAACCAGCCACAGCACUUAGGUUACACCCCAGUUGAAGAGCAUUCUGAGUCAGGACUUGACCUCAUAAACGACACACUGAAAAUGAGAAAAAAAAAGAGGGUGAGCAUGCAGUGCCUUGUACUGAAUCUACACAUAAACUUGCAUCCCAGAGGAUCAGUUUUGUAUUAUAGUAGCCGGUUGGCCAGCACAGCAGGUGGCAAAGCGAGUCUUGGAGCCACCACUACUGGCAUUUUCCCCGCCGGAGGCCGAAACUGAGUUAUUAGCCUUUUCACGUGAUUCAUAAGUUCCCCUUGCAAGUCAGGACUUUUGGUUGAUAAAACUGACCUUAUCACCUCAGGCAUAUGUACCAUCACAGCGGGGAGGGGGGCCUCAGUUUCCCAUGGUCUGCAAACUCAAUGCUAAUACAUACAUAUAAAGAGCAAGGAAUGUGGCUUCACCACAUGUGCACACACAAAGCCUUAAAGUCUGCAGAUAUAAAUGGGUCGCUUCACCCCAAAAAAAAAAAAAUCCCCUUUCUUUGCAGCUUAUUUUUGGCUGAUCUUCCAGAAUAGCAUGGAUUCUUAUUCUGGAAAGACUAGCCCUUUUCUAGCGCUAUGACAAAACCCUAUUUACCUCUAUUUAUAUUUGGGAGGACGUAGAGAUGUCACAAAGUAAGUCCAACAGUGACGUUGCAAAGGAGUGGAGAAAUACAGGUCAACUGUUCUUACAUUUCCUAAAGGCAACAAUUGACAAGACAGGGCACCCUUGUUGUUCCCAUGUAGUAUGUUAAACAGGGUUAAAACUAAGCCCGGAGACGACUGUUACAUUGCGGGUCUCUUAUGAGGCACCAUAGCGACCAAAAUGUUAGGUUGCCCAAUUUCAAACAUGUACACAGAUUGGGCAGAGAGCUGUCAAAAUUACAUACCCUGACAUUCCCUCCUCUUUAUGUACGCCCCGGCUCUGAAAUGGUGGGCGGCGAUGGACUGAGAAUAACUGAGGUCAUGCAGUACUCAUGGAGCAUGUUAAAAAUUUGACAGGCCUUUAAAAAAUAAAAAAAAAUACCAUAUGUAUAAAAGCCACAUUUUUUGGCCCGAAAUGUAAUCAUAUGACAUAUUAUUUCCAUACUUUGAAACUUUUAUUCCAAGACUGUAUUAUGUGGCAGCUUGGUCCUAACCUGUUCACAAACAUGAAAGUUUGCUAUUCCUUAUCAGCAUUAGUUUAUACUCACCAAAUACCUGGCAAUACUUGACAAACUGAACGACUUUACAUGUUAUCUACACCAUAUAAUAAUGUGUCCUUCUCUAUCUUAAUCUGUGUCUUCUGAUUUUACUUUGUGUCUUUCUUAUUACCAUUUCGCCUCUCAGGCUCUCUUCUCUCCUCUGUCUUAAAUUUUGGAGGUCACCGGGUAAUAAUCAGUGGUUCCUUUGUCUUAAAUCUAAUCUGUUGAAAGGCUUGCUGAGGUCAAACAUGCUAUUCUCUCUGCUGUAACCGAGCUAAUCAAUGUCUCGUGACGGAUCAUUAAAAGGCUUUUUAAACGCUGCAAAAAUCCUGGUGGAUCUCUCUGCUUUUUAAUAGUGUUCUAUUUCACACAAAGACACGUGAUGUGUGCGUGCGUAUGUGUUGCGCUGCUGGACGUAGCCUAUCAGGACACUUAUCUCCUGUGUUUUAUCUGUGCUCUGGACCAUUGUGCUCCCUGUCUUUUUUUUUUCUUUUUUAUUUAACGCAGUAUAUUCUGUGAAGUCAGGAGUUGCGUCACGACCAGUUGGGGUGGGCAAACUGUGCACGACCGCGAAUACCUCCCCAUAGAAACGCAUGUUUUUUUUUCAUGGCUCUCUGUUGCAAAGAGGAAAGAGUGUAGAAUGUCUGUGUUAGUUUUGUAAGAUAGCGUCGAUCUUUGUAACUUUGUCUCGGCUGAUUUUCCCCUUUAGGGUCACAGGAAAGCACUUUAAUGCAAAUGCGUGUGUCGAUAGUUUCCCUGAAACUCCCUCAUUGUGAUGAAAUUGUGAAAGCUGGACGAGGUCCCUCUUGUAAAUGUUGCAUUUGAGAUUGUCUGCGAAUGUGUUUUCGAAGAAGUCAGUGCACUCCAUGUGGCGUCAGGAUGACUGUGAACGUCGUGUGCACCUGUGAAUACACACACAUAUAUAUAUAUAUAUAUUCAGCAAAACUAUUUAAAGAAAGUUAUGUAUUUAAGUUAUCUUUGUAUGUUAAUAUCUGUAUGUCACCAAAGACUAUUUAUCUCCCCUUUUCCACUGCUCUUUAAACGUGACCAUAUGGUAGGAAACAAAGUCUUAACUGUAGUUGAAAUGUAACUGUUUUUUAAUGUCCUUCACUCUGUAAAAAUAAA